UGCAUGUAUCUCCACCCAAAACCAGAACUCAGCUCUCCUCCAUACCCAUUUCAUUUCCAAGCUCUCUUCUUCAGAAACAUAACACACACACACACACACAUAUAUAUAGUUACAGUGACAAAAGCUAUAUAUGUAUAUACUCAAAGCCAUGAGGACGCUGCUGAAUGUAGCGGUAGUAAUGUUAUUAGUAGUUUUGAGUCGGGUGUCGGGUCGGGCUCCAUUUGCAUGCGACCCGAGAAACGGGUUGACGAGGACUCAGAAGUUCUGUAACGCGAACCUACCGGUUCACGUGAGAGUUCGGGACUUGAUCGGACGGCUGACGUUGCAGGAGAAGAUCAGGCUGCUGGUGAACAAUGCAGCUCCGGUACCGAGGCUGGGAAUUCAAGGGUACGAGUGGUGGUCGGAGGCUCUUCACGGCGUCUCCAACACCGGUCCCGGCGUCAAGUUCGGCAGCCAGUUUCCCGGAGCCACCAGCUUCCCUCAAGUCAUCACCACCGCUGCUUCCUUCAAUCAGUCCUUGUGGGUACAAAUCGGACGGGUAGUGUCAGAUGAAGCAAGAGCAAUGUACAAUGGGGGGGUGGCAGGGCUAACAUAUUGGAGCCCUAAUGUGAAUAUCUUCCGAGAUCCAAGAUGGGGCCGCGGCCAAGAAACUCCCGGUGAAGAUCCCGGAAUGGCCGGUAAAUACGCCGCUAGUUACGUCCGGGGACUUCAAAGUAUUACCGGGAAAAACCGGUUAAAGGUUGCCGCAUGCUGCAAGCACUACACCGCGUAUGAUCUUGAUAACUGGAAUAAAGUGGACCGCUUCCAUUUCAACGCGAAGGUAAGCAAGCAAGACUUGGAGGACACCUUCAACGUGCCAUUUAAGGUGUGUGUUCGAGAAGGGAAUGUUGCCAGUGUGAUGUGCUCGUACAAUCAAGUAAAUGGAAAGCCCACGUGUGCCGAUCCUGAUCUCCUCAAAAACACUAUACGUGGUCAAUGGGGUCUCGACGGGUAUAUAGUGUCCGAUUGUGAUUCCGUUGAGGUUCUGUACGCCGAUCAACACUACACGGCCACACCAGAGGAGGCGGCUGCGAUCACCGUCAAAGCUGGUUUGAACUUGGACUGCGGACCGUUUUUAGCUGUGCAUACAGAACAAGCCAUAAAAAAACAACUUAUGAAUGAAGAAGAUGUUAACAUAGCCUUGGAAUACACAAUUACUGUUCAGAUGAGACUUGGAAUGUUUGAUGGUGAACCGUCAAGCCAAGAAUACGGCCAUCUUGGCCCAGAACAUGUUUGCACCCCGGCUCACCAACAACUCGCUCUUGAGGCUGCCAGACAAGGAAUCGUUCUUCUAAAAAAUACUGGGAAAUCGCUGCCGUUGUCCACUUCACGACAUCGUUAUGUUGCAGUGAUUGGACCCAAUUCGGAUGUUACUCAAACCAUGAUUGGAAACUAUGCAGGAGUACCAUGUGGGUAUACAAGUCCUUUACAAGGAAUAUCUAAAUACGCUAGAGCUGUUCACCAGCCAGGAUGUAAUGGUGUUGCUUGCCCUAGUAAUGAGAAGUUUCACGAUGCAGAAGUAGCAGCUCGUAACUCAGAUGCAACAGUACUAAUAAUGGGACUAGACCAAUCAAUUGAACAAGAAGGAAGAGAUAAGAUCAACCUCCUCCUGCCUGGACACCAGCAAGAGCUUGUGGAACGAGCAGCCAUGGCAUCUAGAGGUCCAGUAAUCUUGGUCUUGAUGUGCGGCAGCCCUGUCGAUGUGUCAUUUGCGAAGAACAAUCCUCGAAUUGGUGCCAUUUUGUGGGUUGGUUAUCCAGGCCAAGCCGGAGGAGCUGCGAUCGCUGAUGUUUUGUUCGGAACAACUAAUCCAGGGGGAAAAUUGCCAAUGACAUGGUACCCACAAGAUUAUUUGGCUAAAGCACCAAUGACAAGAAUGGAUAUGAGAGCAUCAGGAAACUAUCCUGGUAGAACUUACAGGUUCUACAAAGGUCCUGUUGUUUUCCCAUUUGGGCAUGGCUUGAGUUACACAAAAUUUACUCAUAGUUUAUCAACAGCUCCAACUCAAGUUUUAGUUCCUCUAUCAUCGACUGCCACCAGUCUUUUCGCAACGAAAAACUCAACCAUGUCAACCAACACAAUCAGAGUGUCACAUGCCAACUGCAAUGCGCUCGAGCCAUUAACCAUACAUGUUGAUGUUAUAAACACUGGACCUAUGGAUGGAGCUCAUGUUCUUCUCGUGUUUUCAGCACCAUCCGAAAAAUCAAAAGGGUCGCCGAUCAAACAGUUAGUGAGCUUCGAAAAGGUUCACGUCAUGGCAGGAUCGAAACAAAGAGUCAAGAUUGAUGUCCAUGCCUGCAAGCAUCUCAGUGUUGCGGACGAAUUUGGAGUUCGAAGAAUUCCAUUAGGCGAACAUAAUCUGCACAUCGGCGACCUCAAACAUUCCAUUUCAAUUCAAACAACAUUGAAAGAUAUUAAACCUUAGUGAAAAGAAAACAUCAUAAGUUUCAUACAGGAGAUGGAUUUAAGUUUGAAUUUUUCAAAGACAGGAAAAAUCAAUAAGCGAACCAGCCGAAAAACAAAAGGUCUUGCCGGUUAGAGUCUUACUUUUAUAAAAUGUACUCCAGAGAGUAAAUUCUAUAAGGAGCGGCUCAUUUUGUUAUUGUGUACCCCCCAAAAAAAGUCAGUUGACUUAUUUUAAUCAGCUUGUUGAUGAAGAUGACGUAUGAUUUAGAAAUCUUUGGAAAUGCAGCAUAUGGGUUUGUGA